UAUUGCAAAUACCUCGACCAUGGCUGCUGCUGACAGAUUUGAGUGAUUAGAUUUAUGAGGGGAAAAACGCUGACCGUAAAACACGGCGGUCUGCAAGCUGCUUCCCACAGAGAUGAAUACAGUUCAAAGAAAGAAAACUGCUUCACAGCCACCCUUUAAGUCUAAUGAUAGGAGAGGUGUUUAUUACCCUCAAUAAACGUAUGUUCCGAAGGAGGAACAUGCUUGUUGACAGGAUGCAUUCUAGUCACCAUUCCUUUAAUUAACCCAGUCUCUAAGACUAGCUAUCUACAGUGAGAACAUACGCCCGUCAGAUCAUUCUACGGAAUAGUACUGAACGGUUUUUCAUUUGAGAUUUGCGUGCGCGUUGUCUGACUACCUCAACCACUUUAUUUUAAGUCUAUUGUUCAAUAGCUAAAUACGUUUGAAGGAAGAGAAAGUGUUUUUUCGGUGUAUGUUUCAUAGUAGAUAACCUAUGUAUGUCACUAUGAUGGCUCCACUUUUCGUAAUAGUUUUGGCACUCGUUCCACCUUGGGUUAUAUUUGCAAUGGAUUACUCGUUUCAGUACGCAUCUCCUGCAUUCAGAUCCGUACGAUCUGUAUGCAAGUCUAUUCCUAAUACUCUGAGUCUAUGCCAUGGUGUUGGGUACACAGACAUGCGUCUACCGAACCUCUUGGGUCACGAUACAAUGAAAGAAGUGCAGCACCAGUCUAGUUCUUGGGUACCACUACUAUCCAAACAAUGUCACCGUGACACAAAAAAAUUUCUGUGUUCCCUUUUCACUCCCGUGUGCUUACCUGACCUGUUAGAACCCAUUCGGCCAUGCAAAAGCCUCUGCGAGGAUGUACGAGACGGCUGUCUACCGGUGAUGAGCGCUUUCGGGUUUCCAUGGCCAGAUAUGUUCAACUGCAGCCAAUUUCCAAGCGACCCAGACCUUUGCAUCCCUGCCACCGGAGCGAUAAACGCCGAAGAGAAUGGAAGAUACGGCAAUAAAAGUCACAUUGAAGGAACAGUCUGUGAUGCCUGCAGCCUUGCAAACGAAGGGGAAAAGGAGAUCAGUUUUAACUACUGUAAGAGUAAUUUUGCUGUAAAAUUCAGAGUAAGCGAAAGCCCUGUGGAGGGGAACGACCGCAGAAUAGUGGCCCAAGUACGGACCCACGUGAUGCUGAAAGGCAGAGAGCAAAUGGAGGCGAUGACCAUGGUCAAGAGCGCCCUCUGGCUGCCAGAUGGUGGAAGGUGCGCAUGCGAAGAGUUGGACGACGAAUCCUCCGGCUCCUUUGUAGCGCUUGGAAACUUCAAGGGCAGAAGGCUGGUGCUCUCGCACUUGAUAAAGUGGACCAGAGCAGAGAGGGAGCUGAGGAAAUUUAUCAGGAGCCUGCAGAGACUCAAGUGCUGAAGCUAUACUCGUUUCAGGUGUUUUAAAGAGAGUGCUGAAGUCUGCUGGAGGGGUCAUUGGUCAAAUUUCCAAUACUGCAAUUGUAUAUUCCUGAAAAUUAUGUUGUCCACUUCUGUACGUCACUCUGAAUAAGAGGGUCCACUAAGUGACUGUAGUAUUUUGUAUGAGUGGCACAUGAAGUGCAUUGUGGAGCAAUGGCAAAAUAAAAUCAGACCAUAUAAAUGUCUUCAAUUAAUACGUAAAAUACAAGCUACAGGUAGGCUACUAUUUGACAAGGUGGCAAAAUUAUUUCAAGGUCAUGUAACAUCAAGAAAAUAUAAAUAUAUUACUAGCU